GAAACCACUUUCUUAUGACUUCUCAGUUUACCUCUACCUCCACUUGAUUCUUUCGCUGCGUUUGGCUGAAUUUAUGAUACGCAUUCAUUCGUCCCGAAAAUGCUAAAAAUCCAUUUGUGCCAAACAAUGCCCGAUUAUGAACAAUAUCUUGCAAGACAAAAGGUCGUUUGUAAAGUUGGUACACAAAAAAACGUUAUCCCACUAAUGUCAAAAAUCAUUCUUUCGUUUUUUCCCCUUAACGAGAUGGCACCUCGCCACUCUUUCCCAAGAGUGGACUUUAACUCCAUUCGAGCGAUAUCCGUUUUUAGAGAAAAUAAUUCACUCGCCAUUACUGAGCGUGUUUUUAGAUUCGUCUGCGAGGAUUGAAUUCUCAAUUGGAGCGCGUAUUUUGUAUAACUGACUUAAGAGUGAAACCGAGUGAAGGGUGGCUGAUUUCACUCGAAUAUGCGUGAAACAGCAGCGACUCGUUUUUAGUGUUUUUUUUUAUUCUCCACUCAAAAAGAAUUGAUAAGGAGCGUGUUGCUUGCAGGGGGCGACGCCGCCCCGAAGGAGGCGGCGGCGGCGGCCAAGGAGGCGCAGGGCGAGGAAGAGAAGAAGGAGCAGGCGGAUGACAAGGACAAGGAGAAGGACAAGGAGGCCAAGGACGGCAAGGCUGCCGGCGACGCCCCCGCCCCCGCCCCCGCGCAGCGCACCGUCAAGUCGGUGGUGCUGACCGGCUACGGCGGCAUCGAGAAGAUGAAGGUGAAGGCGUGGCCCCUGGCGAGCGCGCCGGCGGCGGGGCAGGUGGAGGUGGCGGUGUCGCACUGCGGGGUGAACUACGCCGACGUGUGCAUGCGGCGCGGAGUGCAGCGCGAGCGCGCCCCGCCCUGCGUCAUGGGCCUCGAGUGCGCCGGCACCGUCUCCGCCGUCGGCGAGGGCGUCGACACGCUGCAGCCCGGUGACAGGGUGCUGUGCUACCAGCAUACAGGAGAUCUGUACCGUGAGACUGUGGUUGUACCUGCCACCAAUGUGUUCAUCCUCCCUGAGGGAAUGUCUCUGGAACACGGUGCUGCCAUCACUGUCGAUUACCUCACUGCUUACUUCUGCCUAAUGGACUUCGCUAACCUGCGACCAGGGCAGAGCGUCUUGAUCAAUUCUUGUGCGGAGGGCGUUGGCUGGGCUGCUACUCAACUUGCAAAGACUGUGGAAGAUGUGGUGAUCUUCGGGGCAGCUGCAGCUUCUAAGCACGAUGCUGUGAAGGAAAACGGGGUGACGCAUCCCUUGAAUAUCGAGUCAGUUGAACAAGAACUGCAUGCCAUCAGUCCUCAAGGAGUUGACAUAAUCAUUGACAGCUCAACUGGAUCCAACGUUUCUGCAAAUCUGAGGUUGUUGAAGCCACUAGGCCGUCUCAUCAUCAUAGGCACAAGCAGUGUUGUCACCGGUCACCAGAAACCAGGCUUCAUGGACAUGCUGAGGAAUUUGUGGUCAGUGAAGACAUUGUCCACAAUGGAUUUGGUCAUGGGAAACCGUUCUGUGGCUGGUUUCCAUCUUGGGAAGAUUUUUGAGCAGAUGCCAGAAAGGUUCAAUCAAGUGCUGGAAUAUGUUUUCAAUUUGUAUGCCCAAGAGCGCAUCCGACCCAGAAUUGACUCUGAAGUUCCGCUUGAGCAGGUCGUUGAUGCAGCAAAACGUUUGGCAGAGCGUGAGAAUAUUGGUAAAGUGUUGCUCAAAGUAAAUGCUGAAACAAAGAAUGCAGAAGAAUGAAACAUUUAAGUGCACUUGACUUGCCAAAUGAACAGCACUUUGCUCACGUCUAUAAAGUUAUGCUUGCAUUUGCCUAUUUGUAUAUUUAAGUUUUUAUCAAUAAAUAUUUGUUUACAUUUGCAAAUUUCUUUUAAUUUACCUUCUUGCUUAAUACUUCUGCCUUAUUUUGUAUGGUAAAAACAACUUUUGUAACGUGGGCAAAAAAUAAUCAAUGUAGUUGGAAAUGAAUAUUUCCUGGGAAUGUGAAGAGGAUUUGAGGGAUUCAUCGUGAGGGCUCUAGGACAUUUCCAAAAUGGUCUCAAAGGCUCAGGAUUUUUUCUACUUGAAUGUGUUGAAGUGUGCAUUUGACUCGGUUUACAUUUUUUAUUAAAACCUGAAACUGAAAGGAAAAGGCUUUCUCUUCAAAUUAUCAUGCAAGUUAAACUUCUCUAAAUCUACACAGAACAAUAAAUAGUUAUAUCUGAUAGCUUCCUUGACAAUAUAGGUGUGGUAAGAUUUCUUUGGCAUUUUAAAAAUAAAGAUGUUU